AUGAUAGUCUACAUAUCAGUGUCGGACAAGGCUAUCAGCGCUAUUCUGGUACAAGAAACGACGGAGCAAAUGCCGGUGUAUUUCAUCAGCCGAGUCUUACAAGACGCCGAGACGAGAUACCAGCAUCUGGAAAAGACAGUCCUAGCCCUUGUACACACUGCCAGGCGCCUUCAACACUAUUUUCAGAGCCAUCGGGUGCUCGUCCGAACAGACAGUCCCAUAACUAAGAUCCUGCAAAAGCCAGAAUUGGCGGGACGAAUGGUUGCUUGGUCCGUAGAAUUGUCCCAGUUUGAUAUUCGCUUCGAGCCUAGAGGACCCAUCAAGGCACAAAGCUUGGCCGACUUCUUGAAUGAAUUCACACCCCAAGUGCUCCCCGUUUCCCAUCUUUGGACCCUACAUGUAGACGGGUCAUCAAACCAACAAGGCAGUGGUGCUGGCAUUAUUUUAGAAGGUCCCUAUAAGGUGAUGAUCGAACAGUCACUCCGUUUCGGCUUCAAGGUAUCCAAUAAUCAAACCGAGUAUGAGGCCCUUCUGGCAGGCCUAAGGUUGGCAAAAGACUUAGGCAUCCCCAGAGUACAAUGUUGGAGCGACUCGCAGGUGGUAACAGAGCAGGUCAACGACACCUUCCAAAUUAAAGAACCAACGUUGUUGCUAUACUUUCAUGCGUUUAAUAAGCUGAAAGCAGAUUUUGAAGAUGUCCAAGUCAAACACACGCCUCGAGAACUCAACAUGAGAGCCGAUCAGUUGGCCAGGCUAGCUAGUAGCAAGAAGGUUAGCCAUUUGCGCAGCAUGAUACAGCAAGAAUUGCCGAAGCCAAGUAUCACACAGACCGAAUGUUUGCAAGUUCAGCAAGAAACGCCCAAUUGGAUGACCGGGAUAGUAGAGCACUUAAUAACCGGAUCAUUGCCUAUUGAUCCAUUGGAGGCGAAAAAGAUGAAAACCGUGGCGGCUCGAUACACCCUAAUCGCCGGAGAAUUAUACAAAAGGGGGUUCUCAUCACCUUUGUUGAAAUGUUUGGCGCCGGAUCAAGCACAAUACGUAAUCCGGGAAAUACAUGAAGGCAUAUGCGGAACCCACUCAGGAGGCCGAACUCUCGCAACCAAAGUCGUCUGGGCCGGAUAUUAUUGGCCAACUCUAGUGGCGGAUUGUUCAAAGUUUGUUCAACAAUGCAAGCCCUGUCAGCAACACGGACCGAUGAUGCAUCAACCCCCCGAGGGGUUACACUCCAUUGCCGCCCCCUGGCCAUUCUCUAUCUGGGGUAUGGACAUUUUGGGACCUUUCCCGCCAGCAAAAGGCCGGGUCAAGUUUCUUCUUGUGGCCGUUGCCCACUUCACCAAAUGGAGCGAGGCGGAGGCAGUGGCUACCAUCACGGCUAACCACGUUCAGAAAUUCUUUUGGAAGAAUGUCAUUACUCGUUUCGAAAUCCCGUAUGCUUUGAUCACGGAUAAUGGUUUGCAAUUCACUGACCGCCGUUUCAACGAGUUUUUGACCGGGCUAGGAAUUAAACACAAAAUUUCCUCUUUAUAG